CCCAAUUCAAAUACUACUUUGCACGCUCGCAUUCCGUUAGUAGCUCCUUCUACCCAUCUUUUGCUGUGCCUCGAUUCACUAUGACUACAGUAAUGAGUCUGAGUUAUUCGCUAGGCUCCUAUUAUUGGCCAUCUAUCAUAUGUCAAUAACUCCACUCACCAAGCCGACAAGGCCAUUGAAUCAAGCCACAUUCUAUCCCGUCACGCCCGUCUCCCCACGCUAUUGUAUGCGACAGAAGUUGCCAUCCCUUACAUUCAUGUCCAUUGCCGGCUUAAAUUGUUUCUCAUUGUUGCAACAUGGUACGUACACACUGUCAGAUCAACAUAUUCCUGUGAAAAGGCAACGUCAUAUCACGACCAUCGUAUCGAUUGUGUCGAAAUCCAGUAUGCUUAUACCAAACCUCAUUGAAAAUAGCUGUGUGGCAAUAUCUUCCACCUAUCUCAUUUGUCAAUUGCCACUUUGGUCGAGUCACUCCGCCUCGCAAACUAGCGCGACUUUUGUUAUUCACGCCAAUUCGAUCGGCAGACUUACAAGCGGUGCUGCUCGCCCUCCUCUCGUCUUAAAAUCACAUGGAGACUGCGUAAACUUCGAAGAAGGUGACCGACGUUCGGAGCCUUGGUAUUACUUGGCCUUAAAUCUCUAUUUCUCAGGUCCAAGAUCGCCAAGGAGCAUAUUUGUGACAUUCAGAGCUCUAGGAAAUACGGACAGUACCAUAUGAGUUCCCCGGGCGCCAUAGGUACUAAAAGCUGGUUUCUAGGCAAUAUGAGAGAUCAUCUGGUAUGUAGAAACUUCUGUGAACAAUGAAUAUAGCUCGGAGGAACAAAUGCUUAGCCUUGUCAAAGUUGCUAUGCGUUGCAAUCGUAGAGAACUGCACAGGAUGCGUCAACUAUAGAAGUUAACAUCCGAAGGUCGU